GGAGUCUGUACAGUCUCCUGAAUUUCUUACAUCUACAAUCAUUACUAACUUUUUUUAAUCGUUCGUCUUACAUGUGGUGAUAAACUUGUUAAUGUUUAACUUGUUUGACUUGGAAAGUCGGGCCUACAUGAAGCCAAAAAAGCGAAAGAUUUCGAAAUCGCGUUCUCCCAGUAAACACAUGCAGGGCACACUUCACAGAGCUCGUAGUUAGAUAACCGUUUUAACGUGACUUGUUUUAAAGUUACCGUAGGCACAAUGGCCGCCUUGCGUGCAGCAAAACAAGGUUUAAGGAAAGAAAUAAAGCGACGCGUUGCAGCGCUGAGUGACGAGGAGAAACAGCGACAGUCUCUAGUCGUUUCACAGAAGCUGUUCAGACACCCCAAGUAUGUAACCUGUAAGCGGAUUGCAGUGUUUCUCAACAUGGACGAUGAAGUGCGCACUGAGGAAAUCAUCAAAGAUGUCUUUAAAUUGGGUAAAAGCUGCUUCAUUCCCAGAUAUGAGAGCAGCAGCAGCCACAUGGACAUGUUGAAACUGAACAGUCUGCAGGACAUGGAGACGCUUCCUCUGACAUCCUGGAACAUCCGACAGCCUGCUCAAGACGACAACAGCAGAGAGGAAGCACUGGCUAUGGGAGGUUUGGACCUGAUCUUGAUGCCAGGCCUGGGUUUUGACAAGUUGGGGAAGCGUCUGGGAAGAGGGAAGGGCUUCUAUGACACCUACUUAGAGCGCUGCAUCAGACACCCCAAAGGAAAGCCUUACACCAUCGCCUUGGCCUUCAAGCAGCAGCUGUGUCAGGAAAUUCCUGUUGGCGACAAUGAUGUGCUCAUAGAUGAAGUCCUGUAUGAGGAUGAUGAAUAGCUUAUCAGUCACGAGUGGUGGUCCAACAACUCUUAAUUGACUACAUUUACAUGCCAAUGUCAGCCAGCUGUUUAACCCUCCCUUUCUGUUUAAUAUGGAUAAACUCUAUUCACUGCACAUGUUUUGUCUUGAUGUAGCAGGUAAAUGGUAAUAAGACUAGCGGUGAUGCAUUGGAAUGGCCCAUUUUCCAAUUCCAUUAUUAAUUUCAUUUUUUUCUGCUAUGACUUGUGAAAAUAAAAUCUAUUAUGUAAUUAUACGGGUCAAGGUACUAAUUCAGGUGCUGUUAAUAUUAUUUUGAAGAUGUUGAAACCUGAUGCUUUGUGCCUGUUUUGUUGCACUGUUAAAGGACAGAUUUGGCUAACCACCAAAUACUUAAAAAUGAAGAAUUCCCUUACAACACUAAAUUGAAAAGAAGUUUAAAUAAAGUUGUAUUGGGAAGUGUA